CCAUGCAGCAGCUCACAUGACCACCCGCGACUCCUCCUCCGGGCUCGACUCUUCCAGCAUCAGCAUGGACGACCAACCCUCCCUUAAACGCACCGUUUCACUAGAUCCCCAACCCGGCGGCGAGCUCUGGGCCGACAAUUUCAACCGCAGCUUCCGCCAGGUCCAGGCCGUCCUCGACCGCAACCGCGCCCUCAUCCAGCAAGUCAACGACAACCACCAGUCCCGCCUUCCCGCCAACAUGGUCAAGAACGUCGCCCUCAUCCAGGAGAUCAACGGCAACAUCUCCAAGGUCGUCUCCCUCUACUCCGACCUGUCGUCUGAUUUCUCCACCGUCUUUCACAGCAACAAGGACGACGACAAGAGCCGCCAGUAGUUUUUUGAAGUAUAAUUACUAAUCUGCCCCCAUCAAAUGCCUUUCAUUCUAGAGUUUCUGAAUGAUGGAUUGACUUGUGUCACUUGUGUGUGUGAAUAAGUCGAUGAACUGGGUGAUGCUAUGAUUUGUUUUCCAUGUGCUGAAUUGGUGGGGGAUAUUCGUGUUGGCUUAUGGAAUUGUUUGUGCUUUUUACUUUGAGCUUUGAUUUCGAACAUUUCUGGCAGUUAUGGUUUGAUAUUUGUAGCUCAUGUACUUUAUUUGAUGCCAAUGCACGUUUCUUUAGCUCGAGUUAUGCUC